CCUGAAGCCUGCCCUCUUUUUUUCACUUGAUGGUUCGUCUCCAAAAGUCUCCGAAGAUCGACAUGAUUGGUGUUAUCAAUUUGAUAUUUUUAAAUUGAAUUGAUUGCUAACAGAUGAACUAUUAGUGUAUGGAAGAAUGAAACAUCAAUCAUGAUUUUUAUACUGUUUGGAACUGCCGUAGGCUGUGCCAUCAGCAGCUUGGUAUCAGCAGAAACUACAGCAGCAGCAAACACCUUCAUCAGCACUGCUGGUGCAAAUAUAACCUUCCAAUGCCACUCAUCUCAGCUGCAAUUACAAACAAACCAGAGCGUGUACUGGACGUGGCCAGGUGUUCUGGAAGGCAAGCAACUGCCUAUUCUGUCACCUGAUGGCAGCCUCCACAUCCCGUUUGUAACCCUGAACAGUAGUGGCAACUACUCCUGCUUCAAUGAGGCUGAUGACUCAUUAAUUGUCAAACAUUCCCUCCUCAUACCUGGACCCCCACCUCCUCCUGCAAACCUAACUGUCAGUGAGACUGAUGAUGUGAUAAUUCUGCACUGGCACAACCCUUUCUCACCAAUGUACCUCACUGCUGCUCCUGACACGGUGCUGCAUCUGCGCUACCGCCCAGUGCUGCAUCCUGUAUUGCCUCUACAACAUGAUCAUGCUGCACCACUUGACCAAGACUACAAUGCUGCUUCUGACGCUUGGUCCAGUGCUUUGGGUGUGGAUGUUUGGUCAGGAGCAAACAGUGCGGAACUGAACUCCACGGCAGCCAAGUGGAAGGUUCUUCCUCAUGCUUUGCCUGCAAAUCAGGUUCUGGUGGCAGUGGAGCAACGUGGCGAAGAAAGCUACCAGUUUGAAAUGUGGGCAGAGAACAGCUACGGGUCCAGCCCUCAUGUGGCUGUUACUACCACCAUCAACCACCCUUCACAUGCCUUCACUAAAGCUGGAGCGUGGGAGCGAAGCAGAGGCUGGCUGGUUGGGGUCAUAAUAGUACUUAUAAGCUGCAACCUAGCAGCUCUGGUCUGGAUAUUUCACCACAGCGCACUUGCUAAGAAGAAGAGACGGCGCCAGAGGGCCAUUGCAAACCAUUCCGGUUUAAGCGGCGAGUGUGAGCAUCUUGAGUUGGUGUGUCACGCUCACGACAUCCACAGUGAGGCGGUUAACCUCACUCUGCCUCAUCACGCUGCGCUGGUCUGAUCUGCGGUAUUGUGGAUACCUCAUCGCGCACGUCAGCUCUCUUAUCAUAUUAUUUUAUCAUUUUUUUCUCAUUCUUAGGCGUACGUUUUUUAUUCUGCUUUUUACUCAUUUUAUUUAAGUAGGUACUUAUCUCAUACCUACCAUUAUAAACUCUGUAUCUGUGUUACUCAUAAAAUAAUUCCGAUUUUCGGUGCUGCUAAAAUAUCUUGAUUUUAUAACUAUUUCGUCUUGAAAGAUAUAAUUUUUUUUGGCUGAAGUAUUAUACUGCUGGGUAUUUUCGUAAAAUGCGUGAUUUAUUAUUUAAAUGUGAUGACCGCUAAGUACUCAUUUCUCCAUCAGUAUUCCUCUUACAAAAUGAGAGAUUUUGAACUAUUUUAAGAUCAGUCAGCUGGUAUUUUUCUAGGUACUCAUUAUAUGACAUAAAUUUUCCAUAAAAUUAUGAGAGAUGUUUAAGUAUUUUGCUUGUAUACUUGAUAUUCCAGUGCUUCUAGCCUUAGGAUCCUUGUCUCAUUAAUAGAUCACGUGAAAAAGGUUUUACUUCUGAGGAAAUUUAUACAACUAAUGCUUGAGUAUUUGAGUAACACAAAACAGAGCUUCAAUGUUAACCUUUACUGACUUUAGUGAUGAACUUCAUCCAUCACACCACCCCCACCCACCGUGUAUAAUGCUGGCAGAUCAUCCUUAUUUAAACUGAACGUUUAGCAUGAAGCAAGCAAACUAUUCCUGCAGAACUCCUAAAAGGUUUCUCAAAGUUAUCAAGUAGUGGUCAAAUGGUAGAAUUGCUGUUGUUUUUAGUUAUUGAAGAAAAUCUUCACAUUUUCAAGACGGUAAAAGCAACUUUUGGAUCAAUCAGCAGAUGAUGGGCAGUUCAAUACUAAAUACUUGUGGCUUAAUUUUUUCUUUACAUAGCGUGUGGAAAUACACGACAAAUGUGUGUACUGCUUUGUAUUUCAUUGCAUUUGUGUGCUGUGUUCUGCAUACUUUUUUAUCUAUACCGUAUUUCCUUAACUUAUGGUACGAAUAACGCAUGAAUAAUAUGUAAAUUGUUCGGUGUGGUAAAUGGUUCCAAACUUCCCUGAUUCUCAACGCCAAGUGUUUGCAAUAUGAGAAUCUCGUUGUUGUUUCUAGUACUCUGUAUGCCUAUUUAAUUUGUUUUUUAAAAACUUCUUGAAAAACAUAUUUUUUUGUUCUCCAUGUCGCAAUAUAAAUCAACUCUCUAGUCAUAAGGACGUAAUUCUUUCCUUCAAAUGUGAUUUAUUUUUGCGUGAAUUUCAACCAUUUUUCUACCUGCAUGAAGUCCAUAAAAAAAAACAAAAAUUUUUUGUUAUCUCAUUUUUAAAAUUAGAAUAAUCUUCAGUUGGCAUCUAUAACUUGAAGAAAAGUUUUCUGUAUGUUUCGCGGCUUUUUGUAAAUCACAUCUUUUUAUUUUAAUUGAUAAGUACCAUUUAUUGUAAUGAUUAUGCUAAACGUAAUCCUGAACCUUGUAAUGAUUCAAACAAAUCAUUGACAUGUGUGAUGGAGUCUCGCAAAGAGACGCACGGACAUGACCUAGUAUUUCCAUCACCCAUAAGAAUAUCAUAACGGUUGUUCUAUUUGCUUAAAGUGAAUAUCCCGUACGAAGUCGCGACAGUUCCGUAAUUUGAAUAGCACUACAACAUUUUUUUAACUCGAGUGUCCACAAUUUUUUAUGUAUUCAUGGUGCUGAUGCUUCAAGUCAGUGUUUCCCAAA